CUGAUAGACUCUAAAUGCACAAUAGGAAUCGAUAGUUAGAAUAGAAAAAUGAAAGGCUCACACAGUCUGGUUUUUUGGAUAUAUAUUUCUUCCACAAUAGUCACUGGAGUAGAUACAUCAAGUGUGAGUGUGCCAUGUUACAAAGUAAGAGAAGAAUGUUUAAAAAAUGAGCCAGCAAAUGUCCCACGGUGUAUUGAAAAUCAAAUGAGACGAUGCUCCAGAAUACUACCCCGUGUUUCUGUAUCAGGCUAUUUCUUAAAGAGAAUUACAUCCUUAGAGCCAACGCUGAAUACUAAAAAAGGACAUGUAAUUAAAAUCUCAUCUGAAGCAUUAGAGAAGAGCAUUGAUGGACAGGGGGAAAUCAAUGAUACAGAAGUGUGCUUGAUUGUGUCUGUUGUCAACAAUAACCUCUUCAGGGUUCCCAAUGACACAGAGUUGGAGACAAAUGUGCAUGGCAAGAGUGUACUGGGAGUUUGGCUUGGUGAGAAAGAAGUUCGUAACCUUUCACAGCCUGUUCAACUCCGCUUUAAAAGAUCCAAUCAGUCUGAAAAUGGAACCUGUGUCUACUGGCAUCUUGAUAACUUUGGUGGAGGUAACUGGAGUACAGAUGGCUGUAAAACUGCCAUAGAGAAUGGAGACUUUGUGUGCAGUUGCAAUCAUCUGAGCUUUUUCGCAGUACUUGUUAAUCCUCAAAUCCCUAAAGAUGCCCAAAUUCUCCAUCUCAACUACAUUUCAUACAUUGGAUCUACCCUUUCAAUAGUUUUUACAGCGCUCACCAUGGUCUUAUUUCUGUUGCAGAGAAAGAAGCAAUGUGAGCAUUCAGUCAUUAUUCAUGUACAGCUCACAGGCUCCUUGUUCUUGCUGCACAUGUCCUUCUUGUGUAGUGUGUGGUUUUCAAGCCAGAGAGAUGAAGUAUGUCAGUUCUUCGGACUUGUCCUACACUGGUGCCUUUUAGCCACAUUCACAUGGACAGCCAUUGAGGGUUUUCACAUGUACCUGCUGCUGGUGCGGGUUUUCAACAUCUACAUCAAGAGAUACCUGCUUAAACUAAGUUUGGUGGGAUGGGGUGUACCCACAGUUACAGUGAUUAUAUGUGGUGUAAAUAAAGUGUAUGGCAAAUAUACCUUUUCCAUGGAGAGAGAAAAUUCAACAGGCACACCAAUAUGCUGGGUUACCACACAGACUGUGAGCUACAUUACAGUGAAUGCUUAUCUUGGGCUGGUGCUGCUCUUUAACAUGGCUAUGCUGGCAGUGCUGGUGGUUAAGAUGCGUCAGUUACGGUCACGGAGUCUUAAGAUUAAAAUCAGUGAGAGGAGAGUAUGGAAAGACUGGGCGGCUCUUCUUGGACUCAGCUGUAUUUUGGGUGUGCCAUGGGGACUGGCCUUCUUUACCCAUGGUGGCCUCUUGAGUCUCCCCUCGCUCUAUGUUUUCAGCAUUCUCAACUGUUUUCAGGGUGUCUUUAUUUUCUUGUGGUAUUUGACUGUCACGCGAAAGGUGAGGAAAGAGGAACUUUCAUCAAAAGGCACGAUUCAUGUCAGCUUCCCACAAUAAUUGAGGAUGUGUGAUUAACCACCAUCUUUUUGUUUACGUCACAUUGCUGGAAUGGAUAAUCAUAUAAAUACUGGGAUUUUAACAGUGGACUCCUUAAUUUUACUGACUGACCUUAUGGUGACUGCAAGGGGGGUCAAAGGGGAAAAGCUUUUUACAAAAUAAUUUUACCAUAAUUAUUUAACCUUGAGAAAUAAAACCAUAUUUACCGUCAGAUUGCAGAACCGUCUGCACAUAAUAAUUCAUUGUGAGAAAAGUUAUAUAUUUCUAAGUGUUCAUAUGUUGUUCCUUAUAUCAUAUUUAUGUUUCAGAAUACUUUAUUGGCUUUCAUCUUUUUACUUGCCACUGUUUUCUGUGGUUUGCUCACUGUAAACUCCCCAAAAAAUAUUUUAAGAUUUAAGCAUUACAAUUUGAUAACUUAAUUCCAUAAAAUUGAAUUAUGUGCACUUUAACAAAACAACAACAACAAACAAAAAUCUUUUUUUUUUCUUUAUGAAUUCUCAAUUAAAUUUGAUGGGAUUUUGAUGGGAAAUCUUCACAAUUUGAGCUAUUUUUUAGUGUAAGGCACACAUCUUCGUAAACCUUUACAAUGGUAAUAAUAGUGCAAAACAAAUAAAUCGGAAUUAAAUAAAAAGUUUCUCUUCAGGUAUACACAUUGAACUUUGCACUUAUAUUGGGUAGAACAAAGAUAACCUGUUGAAUUCAUACAAAGGACAUUUUUUACAGAUAAUAUUUUAGUAACUUGUUUUUUAUUUGGUGUAAUGACAAAAAAGCCAAUUGAUUUGUUUUGGAAACAUGACUGCAUAAUUUCAAACUUUUCUACAAUAUUUACUCAUAAAGUAUAAACUGAUCAAUACAUGACAGUGUAUAUCUACCUUCACAUUUUAGGAAAGGGGCUCCUUGGCUUUAAAACUGUCCUGUCAUAUAUGCAAACACAAAAUAUUUUUUAGCCUAUUUUCUUUUUUUUUUUUUAAGAUUUACACAUUUCAAUUUAGAACACAAUUAAGUUUUGUUAUAAUCAAAUUAAGUUGUAUAAUUUUUCACAAAACUAAAUUAAGAACUUUUUUAUUAAUAAUUUUGUUAAAGAUGACUCAAUUGAAUUUGAUGGAAUUUUGUUAUGAAAUUGGUAUAGGCCUACAUAUAUCUUCAAAUGAUUUUUAAGGGGAAAUACUAAGAAGGAACUGAAUGUAAAUGAGAUAUUAAUUGAGAUCAAAAUGGCUUCAUGCAUUUAACCUAGAAUGAAAUACAGAUACAGUUAACGCUGGGCCUUCAUCAUGAAAUAAUAAAUUGUCAAAUGUACUGUAGCCAUCAUGUAACUGUUUUCAUCAGCAGUGUAUUGCAAUAACUUAUAUCUACCGCAUUCUUGUAAAACUAAUUUUCUUUAUUAA